AUGCACCACGUCUCUCACUGUGGAGUUCAGUGGAGCACACAGAGAGCAGAGUCUCCUGUACCCAGCUGUGUGUCCCUGAAGAGUGAUCUGUCCAAAGAUUCUCCCCCAGACUUCAGUAAUGAACCUGGACCCUCAGAUACAAAAGUUCAGUGGAGCGGACAGAAAGCAGAGACUCCUGUACCCAGCUGUCUGUCUCUGAAGAGUGAUCAGUCCAAAGAUGUUCCUUUAUGCUUCAGAAAUGAUCCUAGACCCUCAGACACAAAGGGGAGGAAGAGGAGUCAUGUUAUAGAGGAGCAGCCGUCCUGUCCUGUGUGUCAGGACGUCCUGAAGGAUCCCAUCUCUACCAGCUGUGGACACCGGUUUUGCAGACAGUGCAUCACCUCAUACUGGGACCAGUCUGGUUCACCAGGAGACUCGUCCUGUCCUCAGUGUGGAGAAAGAUCCAAAACAGGACCUGGACUGCAGCCAGUCAGUCAGAGCAGCACUGAACAAAUAGAUAGAGGUCUGCAGGAGGUUUUAGAUGAACAUAAGGUUAGUCUCAGGAGGAGAUGUGAAUGUGUGACUGAGGGAAGUGAUGAAACAGGAAGUAGAACCCUCCUCAACAGGAUCUACACUGAGCUCUACAUCACAGAGGGACAGAAUGAAGACGUGAACACCCAACAUGAGGUGAGACAGAUUGAGACAGAAUGUAAAAAGAAGACCCUCCAUGAGACUCCAAUUAAGUGCCAGGACAUCUUAAAAGCCUUACCCGACCAACAGAAACAAAAGACAGAAGCUCAACCCAACCAACAGAAACCCAUCAGAGUGGUUCUGACAAACGGUGUCGCUGGUGUUGGAAAAACCUUCUCAGUGCAGAAGUUCACUCUGGACUGGGCAGAGGGCUCAGAGAACCAAGACGUCAGUCUGGUGAUCCUGCUUUCAUUCAGGGAGCUGAACUUGAUCAGAAAUAAGCAGUACAGUCUUCUUGAGCUGCUCCAUGUUUUCCAUCCAGCAUUACAGAAGGUCGUAGCAGGGAUGCUGGCUGUCUGUAAAGUUCUUUUCAUCUUUGACGGCCUGGAUGAAAGCAGACUGUCAUUGGACUUCAAAAACACUGAGGAUGUGUCUGAUGUCAUACAGAAGUCAUCGUUAAACAUACUGUUCACAAACCUCAUCAAGGGUAAUCUGCUUCCCUCAGCUCUCAUCUGGAUAACUUCUCGACCUGCAGCAGCCAAUCAGAUCCCUCCUUCAUAUGUUGACAGGUUAACAGAAGUACGAGGCUUCACUGACACCCAGAAGGAGGAAUACUUCAGGAGGAGGUUCAGUGAUGAUGAAGAUCUGUCUAGCAGAAUCAUCUCACACAUCAAGACAUCCAGGAGCCUCCACAUCAUGUGUCUGAUCCCGGUCUUCUGCUGGAUCACUGCCACAGUUCUGGAGCAUAUGAUGACCACAGAGCAGAGAGGAGAGCUUCCCAAGACCCUGACUGACAUGUACUCACACUUCCUGCUGGCUCAGACAAAGAGGAAGAAGCACAAGUAUGAUGAGGGACGUGAGACAAGUCCACAUGAGCUGAUGGAGGCCGACAGGGAAGUUCUUCUGAAGCUGGGGAGGCUGGCAUUUGAACAUCUGGAGAACGGAAACAUCAUGUUCUACCAAGAAGACCUGGAGCGGUGUGGUCUGGAUGUCACAGAGGCCUCAGUGUACUCAGGAGUUUGUACAGAGAUCUUCAAAACAGAGUGUGUGAUCUUCCAGAAAACAGUCUACUGCUUUGUUCAUCUGAGCGUUCAGGAGUUUCUGGCUGCAGUCUACAUGCUUCACAACAGGAACACAAUAGUUCUGAAGGGAUUUCUGGGAAAAACAUAUAUAGAUUCAACUCUUUAAGUUCUCCUAAAUAAAGCAAUGAUGAAAUCCCUGAGAAGUAAGAACGGUCACCUGGAUCUGUUAGUUCGCUUCCUUCAUGGUCUUUCUCUGGAGUCAAACCAGAGAAUCUUAGGAGGCCUUCUGGGUCAGACAGACAACAGUCCAGAAAUGAUCAAGAGAGUCAUCAAAAACCUGAAGGAGAUGAAGAACAAAUUCUCUCCCGACAGAAACAUCAACAUCUUCCACUGUCUGACAGAAACAAACGACCUCUCAGUACAUCAGGAGAUCCAAGAGUUCCUGAAAUCAGAGAACAGAUCAGAGAAAAAACUCUCUGAGAUCCACUGCUCUGCUCUGGCCUACAUGCUGCAGAUGUCCGAGGAGUUUUUGGAUGAGUUGGACCUGAAGAAGCACAACACAUCAGACCAGGGGCGAUUGAGACUAAUUCCAGCUGUGAGGAACUGCAGGAAGGCAGAUCUUUCUGGCUGUGGACUCUCAGAGACUCACUGUGACGUCAUGGUCUCAGCUCUGAAGUCCAACCCCUCCCUUCUCAAAGAGCUGGACCUGAGCUGGAACAUCUACCUGCAGGAUAUAGGAGUGAAGCUGUCUGUUGGACUGCAGAGUCCAAACUGCAGACUGGAGUCUCUGAGAUUGUGGCACUGCAGUUUGUCGGACAUCAGCUGUUCUUCUUUGGCCUCAGCUCUGAAGUCCUACCCCUCCCAUCUCAAUGAGCUGGACAUGAGCAGAAACAACCUGCUGGAUUCAGGAGUAAAGCUGCUGUAUUAUUAUCUGCAGAGUCCAAACUGCAGACUGGAGACUCUGAGAUUGAGUGAGUGCAGUUUCAUAGAGAUCAGCUGUUCUUCUCUGGCCUCAGCUCUGAAGUCCAACCCCUCCCAUCUGAGAGAGCUGGACCUGAACUACAACAAGCUGCUGGAUUCAGGAGUGAAGCUGCUGUGUGAUUAUCUGCAGAGUCCAAACUGCAGACUGGAGACUACUUUUGCUCUACAAGCCAGCUCUACUCCUUGGACGGACCCUGCCAUAGAAUGGACUGUUGUGAGCAAAGGGACACACAGUGGCAGACAUUCCGAGUUUUCGACAAACGAGGGAAUCCUGCUUGACAACAAGUUUCACAUCCUCAACAUGCAGGAUUUCCCUCCAUUGGCCAUUGCCCCUCCUGAUCCUGAGACAACUGUGCCAGCUUUGGUCCAAUGUCCAAUAUUGAGUGACUGCAGUUUAUCAGAGACCAGCUGUUCUUCUCUGGCCUCAGCUCUGAAGUCCAACCCCUCCCAUCUCAGAGAGCUGGACCUGAGCGUCAACGAGAAGCUGCAGGAUUCAGGAGUGAAGCUGCUGUGUGAUUAUCUGCAGAGUCCAAACUGCAGACUGGAGACUCUGAGUUUGAUGGUCUGCAGGUUGUCAGAGAUCAGCUGUUCUUCUCUGGCCUCAGCUCUGAAGUCCAACCCCUCCCAUCUCAGAGAGUUGGACCUGAGCAUCAACAAACUGCAGGAUUCAGGAGUGAAGCCGCUGCGUGAUCUUGAGAAGAAUCCAAACUUUCGACUGGAGACUUUGAGGUACCAAUGA